AUGUCUACGCUAAGCAAUGCAUUCUGUGUGAAAUGUCAUGAGAUGUAUAAUCUUGAAACCCGUAAGAUGUGUGUUGGAAAGUGUAGUCAUUCAAUAUGUGAACCUUGUUUCGAUCGAAAACUUUCUGGAACUUGUCCAAUUUGUGAGAUAGCUGAUGCUUUUGAGGAUAAGAUCAUCAACUGGGAAGCUCAUAAAUCGAUUUCCGCAUUUAUAGAGUCAAUGUCUUUAGUUGAAACUGAAGACGAUUCUGUUGAGACCCAAAUCCUCCGUGUCAGAAGUAUCGCUGUGUGUUCGGACUGUGCUCUAGAUGGAUCAAGGCACAAGGGACAUGAACUGAUAUUUGUAUCAAAGAUCAAAAAGUUUGAAGAAGCUUUUAGAAUGUUGGAAUUUCUAUCGACAGCUGCGUUUUUUCUCAAAAAUUUGGUAAAUGAAGGAACUGGAUUUAAAGAAAUGGAAUGGGAUGUAAAAAGUUACUCAUUGUUCAAAGAAUGGACCCAAUUCGCAGAACAUUUGCUUAAUAUGGCAGAGAGCAUGAAUACAAUGGAUGAACAUCUAGAGGAUACUGUUUCACUUUCCAAAAACCUUUUCCUAUGUUUGGAACCGAUUCUGACCCCUAUUGGGUAUUAUGUCAAGCAAGAUAUGGAAAAAUCCAUCAAACUUAUGCAGGAAGCAGAAGAAUUAGAAGAGAAAGAAAAUUGGCGAAAAAUUAGUGAGAAGUUAGAAAGCUUACACAUAUUCUUUUCGACUCGGGAAACACGCUCCGACUUGAAAUCUGCAAUAAUUGGUCUUGUCGAUGUUUUUCAAUCUGGUUCAAUCAGAAGAGAUUUAAAUGUAGAUUUUCGUCAGCUUGUGAAGACGGUGAAGGAUGUGCGACGAACUUUCAAACUACCACAACAGUAUGAGGGAUAUGCUAAUGUUGCUGAAAGUGUUCUUCAGUUUUUCUGGGGAGAUACGACGAAGUAG